ACAAAAAACUACCAAAACCGGACAGGCCAAAGAUGGACAGACGUCCAGUUCUGUCCCUCGCCGUGUCCACCCUCCUGUGUCUGCUGGUUGUGGUCAGCUGCCAGGCUGACGUCAGAGAGGAGCUGCGGGCCCUGGACCUGAAGGACAAUGGGCAAAGCGUGCAGAUGGUUGGCCUCGAUAUUUCAGACAAUGACCCGGAGUUCCUGGUGGGGGUCCGGGGAAUACAGAAGCCGCUCUGCUUCCACGUGGAGGGCAGCAACGAUGACGUCAUUCGACUGCUCCAAGACCCGGAAACAGGAGUAAUCGUGAACGCCCGUCUAUUCUACGACAACUUGUUGAACAAAACCUACCUGGGCGCCAUCAUGCUCGCCAAGGGGAACUUCCAGCUGAUAGCCAAGCAGCGCUACGUCAUGAUCGACAACAUCCGGCUCAACUGGAACGACAUGACCUCCAUGGACGUGCAGGGCAACCGGAUCGUGGUCGGAGACAACAUGGCCGCCGUCACUUUCCGGCGCCUUCAGAUCACCCUGGUGGUCAAACGCCAUUUCGCCACCGUCGACUCGGAGAUGGACUACGACAUGUUGGAUGAGGACGACGCCUCCACGCGGGCCAGGAACACAGCCGGCGGAAGCGGAAGCAGAAAUCGCGCCGACAUCAUGCCCUCGUCGGGAAAUCAAGGUCAAGGUCGUGGUCAGGGUCAGGGUCAAAAUCAAGGUCGGCGCCAGCCCACUAGCAGCGUGAACAGAGUGCUGUCCUCCAAGAGGCGGCGCAGUCUGCUGGUGCAGAAUUUCUUCAACGUGAAGGAAGACAAGACGGUGCUGAGGAACCUGGUGGUGGAGGUGAACAACCACAACAACAAGCGGGCGGCCGGGGGGAGGAGGGAGGUCGGCGUGAUGCUGGACGCUGAGACGCCCGAGGAGGGGAAUGAAGACAGCGAAGAGCAGCAGCUCAUGUCUAUAACACAGCAGGGCCAGGCUCGAAAACGUCGCCGGAUCCCCGGAAAGGAGGGAAGGAGAACUCACAGAACAGCAUCCACAGAACAGUACAACAACAACAACAGCAACAACAACAACAACAACAACAACAACAACCAGCUGGUGUCGACAGAUGACGUAGAGGGAGAGGAGAGCGUGGAGAAGAGAAAGAACAGAACUAUAUUUCUGGGCGUGUACAUCGCCGACGCCAGGGGCUUCUCAAACCAGACCCAUGGCUUGUUAGGCCAGUUCCUGUACAAAAACGUGAGCCUGGAAAGAAUCCGCUACAGAAACGGCCGCAUGAAGGCGAGGCUACUCAUCAACGGGAACCGGAGAACCCUGGCCCUGCUCACCCUCCGCCGGAACCUGGCCCUGAACACUACGCGCGCCUGCUGGAAGAUCCGGCACCAGGGCCGUGACGUCGUAGACGGCUGGUACAUGGACUAUCUCGUGGAGAACCUGAGGAACUCUGAGAUGAAGGAGAUCCCACCAUCGGCGCCCAUAUGACUAGAGCCGACCAUCCCGCACCACGACUUCGACGAUCUCAUCUUCCAGGAUAAUGAAGGCGAGGAGAAAGUCUACGAUUGGGGAUUCUACAGAGAGACGGAUGACGCAGGGGGGAAUGCUGAGGUCGGCGGACCUGGUGGUGUUGGGAACAACGAUGGUGGUGUUGGUGGUGGUGGUGAUAAUGGUGAUGGUGGUGGUCUUGGUGUUGGUGUGGAUAAUCAUGACAGUGACGUGUUCGGCCAAGGUCAAGGUGAAGUGCUUGGAGGUAUCGAAAGUGGAGUCGGGCCGGGGUACAGGGGGUUUAUAGGUGGAGGUGAGGAGGAGGAGGAGGAGGAGGAGGAGGAGGAGGAGCAGGUGGUGGUGGUGGGUACGGAGGAGGGAGCGGCUGGGGAGGAGGGGGAGCUGGAGGGGGAGGGGGAGGAGGGAGAGAUGCUGGAGGAGGAUACGGCGACAAGGCUCUCCACUCAAGCCCCUCACCCGCACUGGGCUACUUGUGUUUAUGAGACUCAUCACAGGACGCACACAGACAUACAACACUAGCUAGAUUUUGCCGCUCUUCUGUCCAUAUUAUUAUGUGUGGGUAUGUAAGAAAAGGAGAGAGAUAACGAGAGAGAGAGAGAGAGAGAGAGAGAGAGAGAGAGAGAGAGAUAGAGAGAUUGAGAGAGAGAGAGAGAGAGAGAGAGAGAGAGAGAGAGAGAGAGAGAGACUGGGCUACUUGCGUAUAUGAGACUCAUCACAGGACGCACACAGACAUACAACACUAGCUAGCCAUUGUGUAGGCCAACUGGCGUUCUUCUGUCGAUGUAUGCUAAGAAAGAGAAGCAGAUAAAGAAAAGGAGAGAGAGAGAGAUAAAUAGAGAGAGAGAGAUAACGAGAGAGAGAGAUAACGAGAGAGAGAUAAC